UUACUCUCCUUGCACAGUCCUCAAUGCUCGACUCGAGCAUCCACGAUUACAAUUAAGCUCCAGGUCACGAGGGGAAGAGGGAGCUGGCGUUCGUGGGUUGAUGACAUAAUGCAAAGCUGAUCCCGACAGAGUGCGGGAUUGUCGACGCACGCAACUGCGACCACAGGGAUAAUCAACAACCUUGACCAUGUCGGCAAAACUAAUCGCUCUCGUUUCAGGCGGGAACAAUGGCGUGGGCCUCGAGACGUGCAAGCAACUGGCCGCCUCUGGUCGCUUCCACGUGGUCAUGGGUUCUCGCUCGGAGGACAAAGCUCGCACAGCCAUUGAGACGCUCGGCCACAAAGACAUCACCUUUGUCCAGCUGGACAUCACAUCAGACAAGUCCAUCCGGGCCGCCGCGCAGGUGGUCGAGCACGAGUGGGGCCGGCUCGAUGUCCUCGUCAACAACGCCGGCAUCUGUCCCUUGACGUUCAAUCGCGAGGUGAUGAAAGAGGUCCUGGACGUCAAUUGCAUCGGACAGGGAUUGAUGACCGAGGCUUUCGCCCCUCUCCUGCGCGCAUCAGCUGCACCGCGGGUCAUCUACAUCUCCAGUCUGCUCGGAUCCAUUGCCCUCCGCACAGACGCCAAAACGCCCGGUCACGACGAAGACUACAAGGCAUACCGCAUCAGCAAGGCAGCUCUGAAUAUGCUCACUGUCUGCGACGCCUGGGAGUACCCGGACUUCAAGGUGUUUGCUUAUAGUCCUUCGUAUGUAGUCUCCGACCUGGCGGGAAUGCGGCAGGCCAAGAUCGAACAGGGUGCGGAAACGCCAGAAGGCAGCGCCAAGGGCCUCUUGGCCCUUGCCUCCGGCGAGCGUGAUGGGGAGGCCGGCCAGCAUUUGCACGACAUCGGCGGACCUGGUGUUUUCUCUUGGUAGCUCGGAUACAGGAUUAGAAAGGUGGCUAAGGGAUGAAGCCACUGGCUCCAAACCGUGCGAGAAGAGAUCUCAUCGCCAGAAGCAAAUGCAUGGAGCAAUGGCGGACAGGUUCGAAAUCAAAGCCCUGCGAACAGAGCACAUGUCCUCGUGGUCCGUGCACAAGUCAACGCAUCUAUUUAGGAAAAUGGAAUCUAUAGGGCAAGGAGGAAUGAAUCUAUCAGGUUCGGUGCUCGGCCGACGUGUAUGCUGGCCUAGUGUCCGUUGACAGCAACGUGGCCA